AUGGUUGAGUUACUUGAUAUUAUGAGGCAGAAUAGUGAAAAUGAAGUUGUUUCAAGUUAUAAACCUCAAGAAUCUAUUGAAGAAUGUAUUAAAGACUACGUCCAAGUUGUAGAGGCUGAUGGUCAAUCAUUGGACAGUUUCGAUGACGACGCAAGCCCUAGCGAAUAUGUCAACAUUUCAAAAAAUAGUAGUUCACCAACAUACAACAAUGCUAUAGCACAUUAUUCUGCUAAGGGAAAUAAAUUAAAUAUAGAAAAGAAUAAUAGCAAUGAAUUUAAAAGUAUAAAGCCACAGAGUAAAGAAAGAGCGGCUGAUGAUCGCUAUGCUAGCGAUAAUCGGAAUGACGAUCGAUCACAAGGGACAGAACAAGACACUACUGACUCUGGAAAUCAGUGGAAACACCAAAACAGCAGCGUGCGGCAUAUUAAACUACAAUUUUCCAGUCCUAGAUUACGAUUUUCAUGUGCAGUCUAUUUUGCUGAACACUUUCGACAACUACGAAAAAUGGUACUUCCUGGAGGAGAGGAAAAGUAUAUUCGUUCGCUAUCUCAUUGUUUCUUUUGGUCGGCUAGUGGCGGUAAAUCUAGGUCACUAUUUUGUAAGACCUAUGAUGAUCGUUUCGUACUUAAAGAAAUUAAACGGCGUGAAAUGAAAUCCUUCCUAGAGUUUGGUCCGGAUUAUUUUAACUACAUAUCGAAAGCUUGCAAGAAUAAAAUAUUUGACUUGAAAGGCUCUAUGAGAAGUCGCUACGUAUCGACCGAUCGAAAAGAAACUGUUGUUCUGCUUGAUAAAAAUUUUAUCGAAUAUACCGAUAAAUCGCCGCUUUAUAUGAGAGACCAUGAUAAAAAUGUGCUACUACAGGCAGUGGUUAAUGAUACGGCCUUAUUGGAAAGAUCAUAUAUAAUGGAUUAUUCUUUAUUAGUUGGAAUUGACAAGACGAAUUCACAAAUCGUUGUGGGCAUAAUAGAUUAUUUGAGAACAUACACGUGGGAUAAAAAAAUCGAAUUUGCGGUUAAAUCAAGUGGAAUAUUAGGCGGUCAAGGUGAAAAGCCAACAGUUUUAUCACCUGCGGAGUAUCGAGCUCGAUUUUGUGCUGCUAUGGAUAAGUAUUUCUUAAUUGUUCACAAUAGAUGGUCACACCUAGUUAAUGGUAAUAUCAUCAACUCGUAA